AUGUCAUAUGUAAACGUACCUAUGCCCAUGGUCAAUACGAAGAGACGGCGGAAGCAACGUCUCUUCACCAAGGAUAUUGAACAGUUACUCUUUUCAUUAGGAGACCCUUCCUAUGGUCUUGAACCUACUGUCAAUGCCUUGGAAGAAGUCUUGACGGAAUUUCUUACCGAUCUUUGUCACAACACUUCAGUAUAUGCCCGUGCACAUGGACGUAAUAAAGUCAAGAUGGAUGAUUUCCCUUUUGCGUUACGAAACGAUCCUUUAAAGCUUGCUCGUAUCGAGUACAUUAUCAAACAAAGUCAAAGGAUUGAGAAGGCCAAAAAGAUGUAUAAUUUGGAUGAUAAGAGCGUAGCCACACAAGCCAUAGGCAAGCCAGAGAAGCCUUCUAGAAAGAAGAGAAAGAAGAAGACUGACGUUGAGGAAGAAGAUGAAGAUGAAGAGAGUGACUAG